AACGCUGUAGUCUGUAAUGACAUUGACUUAGUAACCAAAUGGGCUCUUAUCGAUAGAACCACUCAUAGUAGCAACCAACUACGUCAUCCUCGCUCGAAGAUUUUUAGGUUGGGACUUUGGGUGCUCCCAAAGCAAACUUUGGUGAAAAGCGGAUUUAUAAAAACAUUGCCAAAUCUACACCGAUAAUCUCUUUACACCAUCGAUAUUCGCCAUGCCGAUUAACCAGCCCUCAAAUCAGAUAAAGCUUACCAACGUGUCAUUGGUGCGGAUGCGCAAAGGCAAGAAGCGGUUCGAGCUGGCGUGCUACCAGAAUAAGGUGCAGGAUUGGCGAUCAGGAGUUGAGACAGAUUUGGACGAAGUCCUACAGAUCCCCAGUGUGUUUUUGAACGUAUCAAAGGGCCAGGUCGCUCCCAACGAUGAUUUGAAAGCUAGUUUCGGAACUACGGACCAGGACAAGAUUAUUUUGGAGAUUCUGAAAAAGGGUGAGCUGCAAGUUGGCGAGAAGGAGCGACAAGCAAAGUUACAGCAGCAGCAUGCGACCGUGAUUGAUCUUGUUACUUCGAGAUGCGUCAAUCCUACCACCAAGCGACCUUAUCCGACGACGAUUAUCGAGAAGGCACUUUCGGAGCUUGGAUUCAACAUUGUCGCUACGAAAAGCGCAAAGGCGCAGGCGCUCGAUGCGAUUAAGCAGUUGAUUGCGAAGCAGAUUAUCCCGAUCGCGCGCGCGAGAAUGCGGGUGCGUUUGACGGCGGAUGCUAAGGAGGCCAAGAAAUACAGAGAGGCGAUUGUCAGUCUGAUAGAGCAGAUCGAGACCGAGGACUGGUCGCAGGAGUGGGCGUGUGUGGGGUUUAUCGAGCCUGGAAAGUACCGGGAACUGGGAGAGAAGCUGCAGCAGGAGAGCAAGGGCCGAGCAAAUAUCGAGGUCUUGGAUAUGGCUGUCAUCCAGGAGGGAGAGGAGGCUAUCUAGGAGUAUUGGGUAUCGCAUAACAUUGUCACAGUAGUCUAAUCAACAUUUAAAUGUAAUUACAUGAAAUAUGGGUUCAAUAUGAC